AUGGAUGAAGUGCGGGAUGGGAUCCAUUAUGCCUGGAAAGGGGCUAUGCGUGGGGCAAAGAAGGGACUGAAGCUUACGAAGAAUGUGCUGCGCAGCAUUCCUGUUGAAAGGCUGCGCGUGCCAGGCCAAAACGGCGUGAUGAGUCGUACCGGGACGUUGCGGCGCCUUUUUCAGCUGCGGUACGGUGCACAGAUAGACAAUGAGCGCGGUGAGCGUGUCGCUGCGGCGGAGGCGACGGAUUUUGAGUCUGAGGAGGAGGAACCUCUCACCGACCAGCAGCUGCACGAGCACGUUGACAAGAAGUACUUUGACAAGUCCUAUGAGGCGAUGAAAUACGAAAUCACACAGAUGGAAUUUGUCGAUGGUAGGGGACAUGGCGGUGAUGAUACACAGCUGCAGCUGCAGCAACUGCAACGACAGGCAACGGAGGCAUCAAUACGUGAGCUGCGGCUGAAGUGUGAUCUUGUGAGCGCCACGCUUAAGAAGCGUGUGCUUGCAAACAGCAAAGGGUUUGUUAGCGGCGUAGAGGAGAUAAGACUUAUUAACGACCGGCUCCUGGAAACAUCCAGCGAUUGUAAGAAGGGACGCAAUGUCAUUCGCAAGGCAAAGAAUGCGGCGGCGGAACAAAUGAAAAUAUUGGCAUAUCACCGCAAACGCGGCAACUGCAAAGCUACGCUAUCUCUUCUUGAGGCGAUGCGACAACUCUAUUGGAAACGCAGUCAGCUCAUGACGCUUAUCGAAGGUGGUAAAAUUUUCGAAGCGGCGGAACUGCUUCAGCAGCAUGGUGAUAUUGAGCACGAGGAUCGCAUUCAAAAGAUGCACUGCAUGGGCCGCAUUAUCGACGAGUGGAAGGAGUACCGUGAUAACAAGGAAACACUGAAGCGUUGUCAAGAAGUUUCACUUACGGAAUGCCUGACAGCAAAGUUUAUCCCCUCAAAAUAUUGCAAUGCAUUUGAGGCUUCAUACGCGCUUGGAACAUCCGAUCAUGUUUGUGUUCUUGUCGUAAAGACGUUGUGGAAGUCUGCAGUGUACAUUCUCACAAAGUCUCUUAUAGAAGUUUCUGACAUCAAGGAGGAGGACGUCUCUAUCGCUGAUAUUGCCGCGGCAAUUCACCCAGAUCAUCUGAUGCUUUGUCUUUGUCAAAUGUCCGCCAAAAUAAUGGACUUUUUAUUUCUGUUUGCCACCGUGCGCAAACUGCAUAAAGACUCCAGUCGCGCAGAUUACCCGCUUGCUACACUGCACGCUGCAGCGCUAGAGGAGAUCACAAAAGUAGGCCAUAAACUUGGACAGGAUUUGGUGGAGAAGAUUGCUCUUGUGCUGGACAAGUUGCAAUUGGGUUCGGUUGACGUGGAGCGGGUUCUGCACCUGUUUUUUGUAGUCAGCAUCCUAAUCGAGUCUAUUUCUGUAUUGGGUCUCGAGAAGAGUGGACAAGCCGCCGCUCGGACGCAAGUAAAGGCGUCUUUAGUGCGAUACAUGACGCAACAGUUUCAGGAACCGAAGGCCAUUCAGAUUUUAAAAUUUAUGGCUGAGGACGCCUGGGUUGUGGGUGGGGUGAGCGCGUUGGAACUGCAGGUUGUGUUGCCUUUGCCGCCCGAGACGUACCGUUGCGCGGUGCGGGAAGUGAAGGGGUAUCUCACGGAGGCCUCCAUUGACGCUCCGGGAAGUCACGAGAAUCCAUUCUACGCCACCCAUAUGUUGACAUUGCAGGAUACCUCGCAUAUGGUGCAGACGGAGUCUUUUCGCGAAGACGUUGCCCGUCGCGGGGCGCAAGGAGUACCAUCCAUGCUAACAGCGUCAUCCGUUGCUGUUGCGAACACGUUGCUAGAAUACGUUGCGAGGAUUGUAGCACGCUUUGCACCGUUAGCAACGGAGACACUUGGUUGGGCAGAAGAUCUUGUUAGUUUAUAUGUUUACACGGCAGCGGAUAACUUUGUUUCGAUCUCCCGGGCAGUGCGACUAGAGCACCAGGUGGAUUUGAGCGAGUCGACACAAGCGACACUUAUUGAAAUGCGUGCAGGGGCAGAGAGGGCGGCGCGACAAUAUACAGCUGCCGCUGUCUCUUCCACCUCCCCUUCUUCCUUUACUACGGAAGAUGACCUCCACGGAUCUUUUCCUCCACGUGUUUGGAGCCGCAUCCACAACUUCAUGACAAGCCAGACGCAUCAAUACGCUCUUGUUAGCCGGGCAGUGGCAGGACAAUCAUGCGUGACGCUUGUUCAUCUUCUGGAGGCGACCAUACGAUCCGUUGCCCCGUUGCUGCCCCAGGUGACCGUGGAACAACGCCUUCAACGCUGCAAUAGCAUGAAGGCUGCUGCUGAGGAACUGUUGCAUGUAGGCCUUCAUCGUUUAUGUCAGGCCAUUUUUCCCAUGGAGAACGUCAUUCAGAGCAUCAGUAAACUACGGGCAAGCGAAAAGGAAGUGCAAGCAAGUCUCUACGUGAAACAAGUUGUGGAGGAGAUGGGACUACUUAACGCGAAACGUCAAACGAUGCCGACGCCAGAGCUGGAGCAACUAUUUAUGAAACGCCUUAUCUUUGCAGUUCAGAUGACAUUGUUGAGAGAAUACUGUAGGUUGGCCAAGAAGAAGCUUUCAGAUGCCUUCAUUAUGCAACUUUCAGUGGAUGCACAGAGUUUUCAACAAAAAGUAGGGGCCACAUUUGGCAAGGCUCUACUCGUCCUACCGGAUCUUCUUUCAAGCUUUGUGAAGGCCGGAUUUAUUGAAGAGAGGGAACAGCGAUUGGAGUGGGUAAAAACACAUCACGCAACUUACUGCACUGUGGAUAUGGUCCAAUGGUUUUCUGGCGGCGAUCGUACCAUGAGACUGCAGCUGGAGGACGUUCUGGCGCAGGUGAGGCACCGGGAUGCGAUUCCUGUCUUGCCAUUUCGAUAG